AUGGCGACGGCGGCGAGCGCGACGGCGCGCGGCGGCUCGGUGACCACGACCCGCGACGCGGCAAAUCUGGCGCGAGUCGCGUCGCGAUCGGUCCCGCGCGAUUGGCACGACGUCGUCUUCGCGUCGCUCGCGCAGGCCGCGGCGACGAGCGGGUUCGGGAUCAUCGUGUCCACCCUCGUCGUCGCGACGAUCGCGCGCACCGGCGUCCGCGGCCUCGGCACCGCGUCGCUCGCGCUCGAGUUCGCGACGCGGAGCGUCGUCUCCCUCCCGCUCGCGCGGCUCGCGACGACGCGCGGCCGCCGCGUCGUCGUCGCGGUCUCGGGCGCGCUCGGCGUCGCCGGCGCGCUCCUCGCGACGGUUGACUUCUUCCUGAGCACCGCGAGGGUGCCGUACUUCCUCGGGAUCGCGCUCUUGGGCGUCGCGAACUGCGCGUCGCAGCAGCUGCGGUUCGUCGCCGCCGCCGCCGUCGUCCCGGCGUCGCAGCCGCGGGCGCUGUCGGUGGGGAUCGCGGGCGGGACGAUCGCCGCGUUCGUCGGUCCCGAGCUCGCGAAGGCGUCGAGGACGUCGCUGGAGAAGGAGUACGCCGGGUCCUUCCUCGCGAUGGCGGGAUGCUACGCCGCGUUGGUGAUGUUCACGCUGCCGCUGCGCGAGGAAGGGCCGGCGGCGGCGAAGAGCGCGAGCGGCGUCUCGGUCGAAGGCGACGAAGAAGACGAACCGCCACCAACAUACGAAGAAGACGAACCGCCGCUACCGCCGACGCCUCUGAAACAGCUCUUCCGCUCGUCCUUCUCCGCGAGGAAAGGCCUCGCCUGCGUCGCCGUGUCGUGGGCGGCGAUGUUCGUCGUCAUGUCCGCCGCUCCAGUGGCGAUGAUCAAAGCCGGGCACUCGUUUGACGACGCUGCGACGGCGCUGCAGUACCACAUGAUCCUCAUGUUCCUCCCCGGGCUGCUCGGCACGGGCGACUGCGUCCGCGUCCUGGGCCCGGACGUCGUCGCCAUCGCGGGAUGCGCGCUGUACGUCGCGUGCGGCUUCUUCACCUACGCGGCGGAAGGCGGCGGCGGCGACGCGUCGUCGCGGGACGGUCGCGUCUCCCUGUGGGUCUUCCAGGCCAUCCUGAUCGCGCUCGGGCUCGCGUGGAACCUCCUGUUCGUGUCCGGGUCCGGGAUGAUGACCCCCGCGCAGUGUUCACCGACGCUGACGCGCGCGGAGUGCGUCCGCGCGCAGGGGGUCGCGGAGACGGCGUCGUUCGGAGCCGUCGCCGUCGUCGCGGCGUGCGCGGGCGUCGCGUUGGACGAGAUCGGGUGGGCGGCGCUGUGCGCGUGUUUGAUGCCGCUCGGGGCCGGGUGCGGGACGUACGUGUUGAUCGAGAGGGCUAGGGCGAGGGCGAGGGGUGGGGUGGGGAAGGGUGGGGGGGAUUUAGACGCGUCCGCGCGCGUGUAG